CUGCAGCUCCUCAAUCUCCUCUCUGAGCAGAAACAGCAUCCAUCAUGACCAGCUACUCUUCCUCCAGGUCGGUGAGGACCACAGCGAGCAGCUCCGGCGGCUCCAUGGGCGGCAUGGGCGGCAGCAGGCGGGUGUCCUCCAUGAGGGUCGGCAGCGUGCACGGCGGAGCGGGAGGCUCUGGCGUCCGCAUGUCCUCCGCCUCCGUGGGUGGACGCCUCGGCGCCGGCCUGAGCGGAGGGUACUCGUCCUCCAUGAGCUACAGCGUGUCCGGCAUGGAGGACAGCCUCAUCGGCAACGAGAAGUUCACCAUGCAGAACCUGAACGACCGUCUGGCCACCUACCUGGCCAAGGUGCGCUCCCUGGAGAAGGCCAACGCCGAGCUGGAGCUGAAGAUCAGGCAGUUUGUGGAGAGCAAGGUCGGCCCCACCACCAGAGACUACAGCGCCUACUUCGUCACCAUCUCUGACAUCACCGGCAAGAUCCAGAACGCCAUCAGGCUGAACGGAGCCGUCCACCUCAGCAUCGACAACGCCCGGCUGGCAGCAGACGACUUCAGGACCAAGUUCGAGAACGAGCUGGCCAUGCGUCAGUCGGUGGAGGCCGACAUCGCCGGGCUGAGGAGGGUUCUGGACGAGCUGACUCUGGCCAGGACCGACCUGGAGAUGCAGAUCGAGGGUCUGAAGGAGGAGCUGAUCUUCCUCAAGAAGAACCACGAGGAGGAGCUGCUCGCCACGCGCUCUCAGAUGAGCGGUCAGGUCCACGUGGAGGUGGACGCCGCUCCAGGAGAUGACCUCACCAAGGUCAUGGCUGAGAUCAGAGAACACUACGAGGCCAUCACCGCCAAGAACCAGAGAGAGCUGGAGAACUGGUUCCAGACCAAGUCGGAGGCUCUGAACAAAGAGGUCAUCACUCAGACCACCACCCUACAGACGUCCAGGUCAGAGGUCACAGAGGUCAAACGUACGCUGCAGUCGCUGGAGAUCGAGCUGCAGUCCAUGUUGGGCAUGAAAGCGUCACUGGAGGGAACUCUGGCCGAGACACAGAACCGCUACGCCAUGCAGCUCUCAGGAUACCAGAUGCAGGUGUCGUCUCUGGAGGAGCAGCUGGUGCAGCUGAGGGCCGACCUGGAGCGUCAGGGACACGAGUACAAGAUGCUGCUGGACAUCAAGACCAGACUGGAGAUGGAGAUCGCCGAGUACAGGAGGCUGCUGGACGGAGAGGGCAGCAGCAGCAUCAGCUCCUCCUCCUCCUCGAGCACGAAGACCACGCGGGUGGUGACGGUGGUGGAAGAGGUGGUUGAUGGGAAGGUGAUCUCCUCCUCCUCAUCCUCCUCCGCCUCCGCCCUCCUGUCCCGCUGAGCCGCCGCCGCCGCCGCUCGCCGCCGCUC